UUUUUUUUUAAGGAGCUAUGUGAGAAUGACCAUGUUCUGUCUCUUAAACUUUAUAUCUGGAUCUCAAAGUAGAUGUAAUUUGGAGGAGAUUAGUGAAUAUCCUGCUCAAUUAUGAGAAGACAUACACCAAGGUAAAACAAUCUGGAAGAUUUGUCUAAUAAAAUCAAAGAGCACAGAAUCCUUUAAUAAAACAGAAGAUAUUUAGAAUUCCAUAAACUUUUGACUGUCUGGAUCUUAAAAAAAAAAUGAACCGCUACACAAUCAUGAAACAACUAGGUGAUGGCACCUAUGGCAGUGUGUUGAUGGGGAAGAGCAACGAGUCAGGAGAACUUGUGGCUAUCAAAAGAAUGAAAAGAAAGUUCUAUUCAUGGGAUGAAUGUAUGAAUUUGAGAGAAGUCAAGUCUCUGAAGAAGCUAAAUCAUGCCAAUGUAAUAAAACUGAAAGAAGUCAUACGAGAAAAUGACCACCUUUACUUUGUAUUUGAAUACAUGAAGGAAAAUCUCUAUCAGUUAAUGAAGGACAGAAACAAGUUGUUCCCCGAGUCAGUCAUCAGAAACAUGAUGUAUCAGAUAUUACAAGGGCUAGCUUUUAUCCAUAAACACGGUUUUUUUCAUAGAGAUAUGAAGCCUGAAAACCUUCUCUGUAUUGGACCAGAACUUGUGAAAAUAGCAGAUUUUGGUUUGGCUAGAGAACUAAGAUCUCAGCCACCUUAUACAGAUUAUGUUUCUACCAGGUGGUACCGUGCUCCUGAAGUUUUGCUAAGAUCAUCUAUCUAUAGCUCACCUAUUGAUAUGUGGGCAGUUGGCAGCAUAAUGGCUGAAUUAUACACACUAAGACCUCUUUUCCCAGGCACGAGUGAAGUAGAUGAAAUCUUCAAAAUUUGCCAAGUAUUAGGGACUCCAAAGAAGAGUGACUGGCCAGAAGGAUACCACCUUGCUUCUGCCAUGAAUUUCCGUUUCCCACAAUGCGUCCCUAUAAGCCUAAAAACUCUCAUCCCAAAUGCAAGCAAUGAAGCAAUACAGCUUAUGAGUGAUAUGCUGAACUGGAAUCCAAAGAAGAGACCUACAGCAAGUCAGGCUUUGAAGUACCCUUACUUUCAAGUUGGCCAAGUUUUAGGACCUCCUCGACAGUAUCUGGAGAAGCAGGCUCCUAUUAAACCAGUUCAGCCAACAGAGCCAAAGCCAGCUUUACCUAAACUGGAAGCUAUAGCCAAGCCUGAACAUUUGUCUUCACCUGAUGUACCUGACAAAGCACAGCCACAGCCCCUGUCAAGGGUUAACCUCCAGCCUCUCCAGCAAAUUCAGUUGCCUCAACAUAUAGCUAACGAGCAAGUACCAAAACAGCAGCAGCCACAGGCACAACCAUUUUUUCCAACUAUCAAUAAAAACUCAUCACCAAAUGGUGCAGUAGGUCCUAAAGGCUGCAGAAGGCGAUGGGGUCAGACUUUGGUAAAGGCUGUGGAUAGCUGGGAUGACUUGGAUGACACUGAAUUUGGAAUGUCGUGCUCAAAGAAGCCUAGCAUUGCACUGUUAAAAGAGAAGAAAACUAAGGAAUGUCUUUUUAGUGUGCCAGAACCAAAAGCUUCAUGCUGUAUCCAGCCAGGAGGGGAAAAUAAGGUUCCGAUGAGAAAUGAUUCUGGAAGAUCAAAUACGUCAGCAAAACAGUACUAUCUAAGACAAUCAAGGUAUCUACCUGGUGUAAACCCUAAGAGUGUCUCUUUAGCAGCAGUCAAUAAAGAAGGAUCACAUGGAACUUGGAACAACCAAUUGUUUUCUAAACCACUGGUACAUACUGGAGGAGGAGUGACUUUCAGCAGAAAUACUACAGAUGAGAACUUAAUUAUACCUAUUGAAAAGCUAUCAUGCAAAGAAAGGUUGAAUGAAAAAUUAGAGGAUCCAAAAGGAAAUCCUGGCUUUCUAAGUGGUGCUGCUUACAACCCAUCAGGAGUAUAUACCCCUUCAUUUCAUAAAAAAGAAGUUGGAUCAGCUGGACAACGGAUACAGCUAGCUCCUCUUGGUGUACCUGUAUCAGAUUAUUCCUGGAAAACCAAAGCUGCUCGUGCUCAGUUACCAGGUCCUACUUUCAAUUCAGCAGCAAAACCCAUAAAUAUUUUAACUCGCUCACCAACAAUUCAGCCAGUACAUGGAAGAACAGACUGGGUGGCCAAAUACGGAGGGAACAGAUAG